AUGGAUAUAAAAACAAUAUAUGAAAAUAAUGAUGCUUCUGAAAGAUCAAAAAAAAUUAAAGAAUUAAAGGAAUUACUUGAUACAUGUAUUGAGAAAGGAAACAUUGAAAUCGAUUCAGUGUUUGAUGAUCACAAUUAUUACAAAGCUUCAGCCGUAGAUUGUGUGAUCUAUUAUGUUUGUGGCUAUAUAACUAGGAAACUAGCUAAACGUUAUAAGUGUGAAGAAUGUACAACAUAUUUCAAUAGUUCAACAGAAGCAUCUGCAAAUCCUGUAGCUGCAUUAACAAACAUAAAAUCCAAAGGCUGGUUAUUACAUCCUUACCAUAGUUUAUUUGAGUUUAUUAGGUAUAUAGAAGAUCUAUUUAACCAGUACUGUAAAUAUUCUGACGUUUUUGAAUUAAUUGUCAACCACAUAACUGAAAAUAAUAAACAGUUUUGGUUUUCAUGCUCCCUGCAUAAAACAGAUGUUAUGUCUGAUAUAAUUACAUAUUACAUUACAAUGCGUAUGCGGCGGUAUUCAGUUUUUCAAAAUAGAGAGCAAAACAAAUUGAGUUCUAAGAAAAAAAAAUUGUCAAAACUAGUCAACACUUAA